UGAUUGGCAUAUUUUACCGUUAGCUAGUUGCAGGAUUUCACAUUUUCUCUAUCCCCAAUUUUGCAGGCAGCUGAGGAAGGAGAGAUGGCUUCUGCUACAUACUCAACCAUAGCUGCUCAUUCUAUACAUCACCUCCCUUCACUUCACAGGCAUAGGCAUUUCCCCUCAUCCUCCGUCGCUCCUGCCUUGGCCAGAACCCAACGCCUCACGCUCGUUUCCUUCACCGCACGUGCCAAGUUCGACAAAUUUCAAGGCGAUGAUAGCAUCGAGCCGGAUGAUGAUGAUGAGGACCCGAAACAACCGCAAUUUCAGCUCUCUGAAGAAGAGGAUGACAGUUGCCUGCCUUCUGAUUUGGAGGGUGCAGUUCGUCAGUCAGGCCAAGCAAGUGCGCAGUUUGUUUCAGCUGGAGGAGUAAGAGCCAUAGUGGAGCUUUUAAUUCCACAGUUGCAGUUUCUUGAUGAUGAAGGAGCACAAGCUGAGCUUUGGGGGCUUUCAAAGAUCUUCUUGGAAACACUUAUUGAAGAAACAGGGGGCCAGAGAGUUAAAGCCGUAUUUCCAGAUGCUGGUGCUGCUGCGCUGCUAAAGUAUCAGUGGAAAGAUGCUGCAUUUGGUUUCUCCAGUCUAGGUGACCGGAAGCCUGUGAGCAGUGAAGACGAGAUUAUUGUAAUGGUGGUUCCUGACUAUCAGAUGUUGGCAUAUGUUGAAAAGGUUGCAUCUGAGCUCUCAGAUGAUCCGCCUAGGCCUCUUAUCAUGUGGAACCCCCGCCUUAUUAGUGAGGAUGUUGGAGUUGGGAUUAACGUUCGCCGGUUACGCCGAAACUUUUUAAGCACAUUUACAACUGUCUACUCAAUGAAGCCUCUUCCAACAGGUGCCGUGUUUAGAUGUUACCCAGGGAUGUGGAAGGUCUUUUAUGAUGAUAAGGAUAGGCCCAACAGGUAUCUGCUCGCGGAGGAAUUGAUACGACGUCCUGAUAUUGAGGAUCUCGAGAUUAUUUUUGGUGGACAAGAUAAGUCAGAGAAGGGACCAUCUCUGUUCGAUCAAGCAGCUGGCAUCUUCUCCUCGUUCAAUCGUUUCAUGAAAGUCAUUUCAAGAUGAAGGAUCCUUGCUUCAUACUUGUGACUGCAGCUGUUUAUCGAAGUAAAUUUCAGACGUCUGUUUGUAUCAUCAUCGUGUAAAAUCAUUUCGUGUACGUAUCGUUCAAAAUGUAACGUUGAGUUUCAACGGUAGCUUAUGAAAUCAUAUUCCUCAACACUUCUCCUCAGUUGUGUAACUUAUUUUUCUCUAUGAAAGAGAGUGAGGAAAACAACAACUGCUCCACAUAUGUACAAAUCAACAGUGAUAUACAUUGAAUUUCUAAAUCUAGCCAUUGAGCUGUAUUUAGAGCCAA